GGUCAUGGAGGUGGGCAUGGCGGGGGUCACGGAGGAAAUGAAGGUGGUCAUGGAGGUGGCCAUGGAGGUGGGCAUGGAGGUGGUGGUCAUGGAGGUGGUGGUCAUGGAGCCGGUGGUCAUGGAGGUGGGCACGGAGGUGGUCAUGGAGGUGGUCAUGGAAAAGCUACGUCCUAUCAGAGUUUCAUCCUUCAUGCACACCAUCCUGUCAAAGUGUACUACGUAAAGUCAGGAGGGCACGGCGGUGGUCAUGGAGGUGGUGGCCAUGGAGCCGGUGGUCAUGGAGGCGGUGGUCAUGGAGGCGGUGGCCAUGGAGCCAGUGGUCAUGGAGGCGGUGUUCAUGGAGGCAGUGGACAUGGAAGCCACGGAGUACAUGGAGGGGCUAGUCACGGUAGCUACGGUACCCAUGGAGGCAGUAGCCAUGUGACCCAUGGCGCCGCUGGAGGUGGUAGCAAAGGCUAUGGUGGUAUCGGAGGCCAUGGAAGCCAUGGGGGUGGAGCCCUGAAGAGCUACGGAGAUCAUGGACUAGGCCUUGGAAGCUACGCUAACCACUUCCACAGUGACAGCAGCGACCACGGUCUUCAGUUCGACGUCGGUGGUUACGAAGGAAGUCUUGGAAGUAUUGAAGGUCAUGGUGGAAACAGCUUCGAGGGCUUACACGACGAGUACUAGUCAUCCUUGUUAUAUUUUCAGUUUGCAAUGUUAAAUGAUUUUACGCCAAAGAUAU